AUGGACAGCUAUGCAAAUUCACCCGCGCUGCCCAACAUUGCGCUAGAGAGUCGGCGCAUCGUCCAUACUCGCCAUGGCGAAUCCUCUAACAUGAGCGCAUCCGUCGACCAGGAAGCGGUUCAGAGGGAUGAGGCAGAGGCUUCCACCGUCCAUGUGCGGGCGAUGGUGGCAGCCGUGCAGCAGCAGCAGCAGCAGAAGACGCGGCGCCGCAGAGGAUCGCUCAGGAAAGUUGCACUGUUGGGAAGAGGCGCUCAGCGGGACAGGAGAGACUGGCCGCUGGCUAUCGAAACUGACGCGAUAGCGGACGCGCCCAUUUCUGAAUCUGCUCGUUUUGGUCCUACCUCUGGUUCUGGUUCUGGCUCUGGUCCUGGUUCUGCAAGCACGGUGCACAACGCUCUUGGCCUCAACAUCUCCCCUAUCUCAUCCCCGACAAAUGAAUAUCCUUGCCAGCCCAAUCUCAAUCUUAUUGGUUCACCAGCUCCUUCAGCCUGCUUCGACGCCGGAAUGGGCGGGAGCGAGAGGCAGGCGGACAUGUACAAUUUCACAACUGACGAGGAAGACAUAAUCCAGCUGGGGACUCAUGCUUCUCAGUCGCUUCGAUCUAGCCUCCCCCUGUCCUCGGGAUCCGAAUCUUACUAUGUUGGACUUACGGCAACUGAACGUCGACAAAAGGCCAAAUCCCCGCUCUCUUAUUCCGCCUCAACUCUGCCUCAGCAAGUUGUAGGCUGGGACUAUUCCGAGACUGAGUGGUGGGGCUGGGUGGUUCUGACGGUGACCUGGUUUGUCUUUGUUAUAGGAAUGGGCUCUUGCUUUGAGGUCUGGAGGUGGGCAUGGGAUGUAGGUACGACGCCAUAUGCACCGCCUGAGUUUGAAGAUGACCCUACUCUGCCAAUUGUGGGCUACUAUCCUGCGCUUAUCACUUUGACGUGCGUCAUGGCUUGGGUAUGGGUUGUUGUUGCUUGGGUGGGGAUGAAAUAUUUCCGACAUGCAAAAAUCAGUGGUGAUUGA